AUGUCGACUGGAGUCGACAAUCAAACCCAUAACAGCAAAUCUGACUACAUAGAUUCGGCUACCCGCCACCGCUCCAUCUCCCGCAGCGACGGAUCUGCUAUCUCGCAGUCCAUUGAGUCCAGUCAAUCCUCCGACAAACAACCCGUCAACAUGGCACAAACCCAGAGAUCGCGUUACUUGAAGACGGGGGCAAUCAUUGCCUUCAUCUUUAUGGUGCUGGUGUGGCUCUCCCCGUCCCAACCGAGCGCUUCAAGUCUUACCAACGAGCAACCACCUUCAAGCAGUGGUGCGUCCACUUCGAGAGUAUGCACCAAGCCAUUUGAUUCAUCCAAACCUCUUAUUCAGUACGCUCUUAUGAUCGAUGCUGGUAGCACUGGGUCCCGGAUUCAUGUAUACCGAUUCAACAACUGCGGCCCUACCCCAGAACUUGAGAACGAGGUAUUCGAACAAACGAAAAAGAAGGAGGGAGGAUCCGGUCUCAGCUCUUUUAGAGAGGAUGCCGAGGGUGCAGCUCUGAGUCUGGACCCUCUUAUGGAUGUCGCUGUGAAGUCGGUUCCUGAGGAGUAUAGGUCGUGCUCUCCGGUUGCCCUCAAGGCCACGGCCGGACUUCGUCUUCUAGGUCCUGAAAUGAGUGACAAGAUCUUGGAAGCCGUUAGACACCGCCUGGAAACCGCCUACCCCUUCCCCGUUGUCUCCAAGGAGAAUGGCGGUGUCCAGAUCAUGGAUGGUUCGGACGAAGGUGUCUACGCUUGGAUUACAACCAACUACCUGUUGGGCAAGAUUGGUGGCCCGGAUGAGACUCCCACGGCUGCUGUCUUUGAUUUGGGUGGCGGUUCCACUCAGAUUGUCUUCCAGCCUACCUUCGAGCAGAGCAAGGCUGGUGGUAUGCCGGAGCACCUCGCCGCCGGUGACCACAAGUAUGACCUCAAGUUCGGUGGCCGCCAAUUCGAGCUGUAUCAGCACUCCCAUCUAGGAUACGGUCUCAUGUCUGCUCGCGAGGCCAUGAACACCGUGGUCGUGGAGGCAAUGCUAGCUAUGAGCCCCAAGGACCUCUCCUGGGUUGAGCAGCCCAUCUCCAACCCCUGCAUUGGCCCAGGAAUGCAGAAGGAAGUUUCACUGAAAUUCCCCGCGGAUCAUCCUCUGGGACCUAAAGUCAAAGUGACCAUGGUGGGCCCGAAGGACAAGUCUAUGGCCCCCCAGUGCCGUGCUAUCGCCGAGAAGAUCCUGAAGAAGAGCGGCGAGUGCAAGCUUUCACCCUGCUCUUUCAACGGCGUGCACCAGCCCUCUCUCGCGAAGACUUUUGCCCGAGAGGACGUGUACAUCUUCUCUUAUUUCUUCGACCGCACGGCUCCUCUUGGCAUGCCGGAAUCUUUCACUUUGGAUGAGCUUAAUCAGCUGACCUCCACCGUUUGUGCUGGCGAGAGUGAAUGGAAGGCAUUCGAGAGUGUUAAGUUCGAGGAUGAGGAUAAUGCGCUCGUGCAACUUCGGGAUCGUCCGGAUUGGUGUAUGGACCUCAGCUUCAUGAUGGGUCUGCUGCACACCGGUUACGAAAUGCCCUUGUCCCGUGAGGUCAAGAUCGCCAAGAAGAUCAAGAACAACGAGCUGGGCUGGUGUCUUGGUGCGAGCUUGCCUCUUCUGAGCCAGGAAUCCGGCUGGACUUGCCGCAUCAAGGAAGUGGUCUAA